AUGGUAACAUCUGGUAUUUCAGUUAUUGGUAGAGUUGAUGACGCCACCAAUAACAGCCUCUCCGUAAAUAACAACGACUAUGCAUGUCAAGCCUGCUGGGACUUAGCUCAAGGGGUGGUCUUAGGUAGACGAUCUAUAGAUGAACCGAGACCAGUAGGUCACUCCACUGUUUGUCUCCGCUGUGGACGUUCGUUGACAUCACAACGUGUUACUCACCAACUUGAAACUAAUUCACCUCGUGAAUUGAGAAUUUUUAAUGUUAUUCGAGAAUGGAUUAUGCCACAAACUGUGGCGGAAACCAGUCGCAUAUGCCAUUCUUGUUGGGUGUUAGCAGACAGAGCUGCUGUUCAUAUGAUUUCUGGGCCAUCAACCUCUAGACAAAAUACCAUGCCUCAAAUACAACCCCAGCUACUAGAUACUCCAAUUAUACCACUGGAAGAACAAUUGCAAUCUCCACCUACGCCUCAAACUAUGCUAGAAGCUAUGCCUGAACCUGUGCUUCAAUCUCUGCCACAAUCUAAAUCGACUAUUGUGUUACCAGACUACAUGAGGGCUAUUGAAACAGAAAGCGCCGAUAUGAUAAAAGCAAAACAAUCGUUACUCCAUCGAAUAAUAUUGUGA